AUGGAAGGAGCACCAAUGUAUCAUGUCGGAAACCCGCUGUUGCAACAAUGGGUUCGAAUCCCUUUUCCUCCACAUCUCUUCGUUUAUGAUCUCGUGAGGCUACAGGGGAAUCGGUAUUUUAACGACAAUGGACUUGUCACAAAGAUGGAAAAGGGUAUUGCCGUGGGGUACACGGUAGUCUGGACUUUGGCCUCUGGUGGAGUAUCUAAAGAACUCACCUUUUUGAUAUAUUCCUCUGAAACAGGAUUGUGGAUAACCAAAAAGGUUAGUUGUCGCCGUAGCUUGAUCUGGUCUAGACUAGCGCAUUCGGUUCCUUUAAACGGGAUUCUUCACUGGCUUGCUACGAUUGAUAACUCCUCUUUAGAUGCAAAUUAUGUUGUAGCUUAUGAUUUCUAUAAUGGAGGAGGUGAUGUGUGUCCUAUCAUACCUUUUCCUGAUAUCCAACAAUUUCAAGAGACUCGGCGUUUCAAGAGAACACUAACAACGUCUGCUGGAUUUGUGGUCUAUUGCAACAUUUACAGUGAUAAUAAUGGAGGAGAACGUGCGAUCAGGGUUUGGAGGCUGGUGUCUACGAAUGAGAAUCUUAAUUCAUGGCAACUCUCAUGGAAAGUCAAUACCAAGGGUGACGUUGAUUAUUUCCCUGUGGUCAUGCAUCCUAUAAAUUUUGAUGUCAUUUACCUGUGGAGUUGGAACAAGAACGCCCUCGUCUUGUUUAAUUUGAGGACACAAAAGUAUAGUCUUCGCAGAGAGGCAAAGAAGAGCAAGUCUAUGGAUGGUUGCAUCUUGACAUUCAGCAACUGCAAGGAGUAUAUGGACUUGAUCUAUCCCAGUUUCGUCAAUAGUAUGCUCCAUGGUUCUCACUAUCUCUUCUUUUCACAGUACGUGCUCCCACGUUGGCUAAACCCGCUACCUCGGCUUUCUUCUUGA